GCCUCGGGAGGAGCGAGGGGCGCCCUGUUUUCCUACAGUGGGGGCCGAACAGAGCUCGGGUGUCGGCCCCGGGGGAAAUACCGGCCUCCUCCUGCCCCGCCGGACGCCGGUGCACAGGAAGGGGUAGCGAGUGGGUCCGCAGCAGGACUCCCAAGUUGGCAGAAUGCCCUGGGGCAGAGGUGCCCGAUUUCCUCCUCCAUCCGAUACCAGAACGGGUCACGAACCGUGGGUGUUCCCAGAAGCGUAUGUGAUGGUGAGAGCAGUUGCUGCCGUCAGGUCUGGGCUACGUUUGUUUCCAGAAACGUUCCCCGUGUGCUCCCCAGAGCUCUUUCUCGUCCUGGGUUCUUUGUGCGGGUGCGUGCCCUGGUGAUUUCUAUCAUCGUCCUUUUCUGACGGUGCCUCUCUGUGGUUUUUCUCCUCUUUUCAAUGCGUCUGUCCGAAGAUCUCCUCUCCGACUGACGUCCCCGAGACUCGCCUUCCCCAGCAGGCAGCCGAUGCGAUGGGGAAGUCCUUGUUCCGACGCCACGUAUAAACACAAAUCUUCAUUUUUUGGAAGUUAUUUGGCUAUCACCCUUUUGUUGCUGCCUUCUGAAUAACUGUAUAAUGAGCUUUGUUGUGGAGCGUGGGAGGAUUCCUUGUGGAUACGCAAAUUAAUGAAAUUGUACGCUGUCGCUUUGAAGUGGGGAAGCCGCGUGCUGUGAAAGGGGACCUGGCUCCUCCUCUCCGUGGGCUGCAGACAUCAGCCGUGGUGAGCUCCACGUCUCUGGCAGUGAAGUUCAGCACCGUGUUUCACUUCUUCGUGACCUCAGCUCUUUCUGUCUUUCAAAACCAUGUUUUUUCUUGAGAAGUUUAGGCCCAUUGAAUACUGAAGUUGCUGAUAAACCCUUUAAACCCUCCUCCUGGCACGAUAUUUUUGGAUUUGUUCCUGUUUCUCAUUUUACGAUGGUUUAUUGCUCGGCGCUGAACUGUCAAAAUGCCACCAGCGGGGUGUACAAGAACAGUACCGUUACUUUCUAUGGCUUUCCUUUACAAAAUCAACCUCUCUUGAAGCAGUGGAUUCACAACAUGGGCCGGGACAUGGGAACACCGUCCAAGCAUCAGCGACUGUGCUCGAAGCAUUUUGAGGACAGUUCCUUUGAAAUUGACCCCUUAAAAAUUAGAAAAAACAGACGUCUGCUGAAAGAAGCUGUUCCCAAAAAAUUCAUUUUGGGUGAAGAUGGAAACUGGCUCGUUGGCACACCCCGAAGUUUCUGUGGUGGGAUAAGUAAUAAAACUCGAAAACGAAUCCGGAAUCCCGAGCACUCGAGGGUCCCUGGGACAUGCGAUAAUGCUGCAGCGCGUGAGGGGAAGGACUUGGGAGAUUGGCAGAAAGAACUUUACAAGAAAGUGAUAAAGGAGAAUUACGAAUCUUUAACCGCGUUGGGUAAAGACCAUCCUGUUCCCAAAAGCGAUAUCCGGGCAAGAGAAGCGCCGCAUGUCAAGGAUCAGCGGGAUUUUGAGGAAAGGGAGAUUCCUGCAAGUCUCGCCGCAGGCUGCGGUGGUACUGUGGUCAGAUCCGAGUUGCAGAGUCGCGCAAAGAGUUCAGAAAAUACAGAACUGCGUGGGUCGUUCUCAGGAGGAUCCCGAGACCUGACUGGCCAAAUUCCGGACAAGGGGGUGACAUCUGAGAGUCGUCAGAAUUCAGCAGCAGAUCAGGCAAAUCCAGCGGGAAGCAGAAGAGGUAACAGCUCUCCUGAGGAAGGAGAAUCUAGUGAAUUCAGAGAGAUCCCUUUUUAUCAGCAAACCCAUGCCGGAGAAGGACUGUAUCUGUGUACAGAAUGUCAGAAGACUUUUAAAUUGAAAAUUGGACUUCUAAAACAUAAGCAAAUCCACACCAAAAAGAAUCGGGUAUCCUCGUACAUAUGCACAGACUGCGGUAAGAGCUUCGGUCGCCAUGCAGACUUGAUUCGCCACCGGAGAACUCACACGGGGGAGAGGCCUUACAAGUGUACGGAAUGUGACAAGAGUUUUAUGGAAAAACCGAGACUCACUAAUCACUUGCGAACUCACAACGUAUACAUGUAACCGGUGUGCCAGAAGCUUUCCUGGGAUAGAUUUUUUCCGUUCAGUUAUCAAAAAAUCCCUCUCCGUCCAGGGAGGAUGGCUUAUAGUCAUAUAUUGAUUACAGGGGAAGCUUUAGGGUAAGACAGUUUAAUAAGACUGAAUCAAGUUCAAGCAUGAAAAGCGUCUGGUUGGCGCCAGCUCCAUUGAUUAGGAGCUGAUUUUAAUUAGCAGCUAGAUGAUUCAUAUCUGGGAGGAGGAGUGGUAUAGAGCAGCGUUGACUGUACCAAAAGCAUUAUUAAAAAAAUCUUCUGGUGCAGCAAACGGCGCACGCUAGAGAAUGUCUGUAUUAAUGCAGAAAAGUGCUGGGAGUUUUUCAGGUACGAGGAGGCUGAGAAAAUGUCACGAUCAGAACAGGAUUGUCCGCAGAGCUGUAAGCAGGCAACGGAGCUUCUGAGAGCGUAGGUGAAGGUGAAUGCUUGGGUUUGAUGUCAAAAUAGCAAUGAAAAAUAAAAAAGUUUUUAGUUCAGCGGUUACCGUCGUAGGACAGCAGCGGUGGCAGUGAAAGCACUGUCCCGUGGAAACGACGACCGGAGUCGGUUGCUUCAAACGUCUGUUUACUGGGGGCGAGACGCCCGUUUAAUUUCCGAGGUUCUGAAAAAGAGCACGGGCGUGUUCUUAACGCACGUGCAAAGUAGAGGUGUCGCUACAAGCCAGGAAGCAAGCAGCAGCUUCGGCUACAGGGACAAGAUCGGCAGGCAGGAGGGGAGUCCUGGAGAGACAGCGUUUGUAGAUCACGCGUCUUCUCUCCCCAGGCUGGCGAUGUUCAGCGUUUUUUGCUUAUUCCAGUUGGGUGCAAAGAGUGAAAAAGUCGCGUUGCCGCCAGUUCAAGCAGCUGCUUCGCGGUGAGCCCGUGAGUGAAGUCGGUGUCCUCGGCUUCCCGUGAGGAGCAGCAGAGCAAGAAACAGCUGGUGCUGUGGUGGCGUUCGGUAACUUCUGAAGGGGAUUGGGGGAAUACACUUGGCCCCGAGGGAUCCCUGCCCAUCCCAAAUACGGGAGUAAUGUCCAGAAAACUCUUUUUAUCACUGGCUUCUCAUUAUUUCCUUCUCAUAAUUGCCCUGGGGACAGCUUUUCUUUUAUUCUUCCCCCACGCAGCUUAAUGCCUUAGUGGUCACAAGUACGCUGUGUGCUCCUGAAUGAGGAUUCUUUGGAGCGAGGCGAUUCCUUGUGGAGCAAAUCCUGUAAAACACCAUCCUACCAAAACUGCGGGCCCUUCCGUGAAGCAGUUGAAGAACACCUGGAAUAGCGGGGCUGAAUCUGGCGUGUGGUCGCACGCCUGCAGCGGUUUGUUCAGGAGCUGCUGAAAGUAAAUCCCGGAGGAAAGACCUCGUGUAGGAAGCUCUGCCUCCUUCCCCCGCUUGGAAGCACAGAGCUAAGGAGCAUCCGACCAGGCAGAGACGGUCGCUUAAAUCUGAGACUUUGUAUGCACCGAAAUGCAAAUAAUCACCUUGUUUAGAGGUUUAAGUGGAGACAGGGAUUAAAUGGAGUUGGAGACGGAAAGCCACGCAGGCAGCGUGGCUAUCCAAAAUGGCGACAGCGUGUAGUGUUUCACUUGCUCAAAAUGCUGAGCGAAUCUUCAAC